CGUGUUUAUAUUGGCAACAUUGCUGUUGUUAAUUUUGUGAAAAAUGGCUGCUGCUUUGGAAUCAAUGGUUGUUGAUGAAAAACAAUUACCAGAAAAACCAGUUAAUCGUGAAAAAACAUGUCCAUUACUUUUGAGAGUAUUUUGCAAUACUGGUCGUCAUCACAAUAUCAUGGACUACAGCAGAGGCAAUGUACCUUCAAAUGAAUUACAAAUAUACACAUGGAUGGAUGCAACAUUACGUGAAAUAACUGGUCUUGUUAAAGAAGUUAAUCCAGAUGCAAGAAACAAGGGUACAUAUUUUGAUUUUUCUCUUGUAACACCAGAAUUAAGAAAUUCUGGUUACAGAAUGAGAGAAAUUGGUGUUACAUGUUCUGGUCAAAAAGGUGCUGAUGACAACAAAACACUUGCACAAGCAAGAUUUACAAUUGGUGAUUACUUGGACAUUUCCAUUACUCCACCAAACAGAGUUCAACCAGCAAUCAGACGAACUGGCAUUAGACAGUACUGAAAUAAAUAAUAUCUACAUUACAUUAAAAAUUAAUUGCUAAUUUUUUAAAUAACUUUUUUUAAACUCACCAUCUUCUUGUGAAUUU